CAACAAAAAGUAGAGCGUUGUGAAUUGUUUCGUUGAGUGCAGUCUUGGAAAACUUAUUGGAAUUAUAUUACUUACUUUAAGCAAUAGCAUAUAAGGCGGUAUAAUAAAUGGUGAUGUAGUGCGAUCUUGGUUAUAAUAACAUGGAAGUUUCAGGUUCAGGGAAAACACCAAAUACAUCCCUGUCAUUCCGCUACAAUGCCAACAAUGAGGAACUGGAACAGCUCUUUUCAUCACAGCAAAGUUGUGAUGAUGACCCACCAACUCCUCAAGCUGAACCACCAGUCCGAAGUGAGAGUGCUAGUCCGAAAAAAACUGAGAAAUCAUCCUCGAUAAUAGACAAAUAUUUUAAAUCUAUGAGAACUGAAAAGCCUGUCGAAAAAGUUGAAGAUGUUAAAAAUGAAACAAAAGCUGAUGAAAAAAAAGGUGAUCCACCCAAAGAGGUGACAUCUUCCCCCAUGAAAGAGUAUCUGAAUCGCCUUGGUAAGAGGAACACAUCGGAAGUUGUGGCAGAUGUUAAAGAUAAAGAGGCGAAUGAGACCUGGAAAAUAUUUCAUGAUUUCAAAUUUAAAAUUGCUCAGGCUGUUGAGGAUAUGAAGACACGUUCAGUCGAAGAAAAAGACAAAUUGUUACCGAGAGAGAACUCAACAGACUCUGAAGAUAACUCUGCAUUAAAGGACUCUGAUCAGCAAAGUAUUGGUGAUACAGACAAUCAGGUAUCAUCAUUGGAUAGUAGUUUACAAAACUUAUCAGAUGUGACUCAACCGUUAACAGCCAAACCUACUGAUGUUGAUGCAAGCAAAGAUUUGAGUUUGAACAAAAGCAAUACAGAUUCUAGCGAUGACACACACAAGAAUUUAGCACGUAGUGAAUCAGAUUUAGGCGGAGAGUUCUUACAAGACAGUCUAGAAGUAGAAUCGGGCGUAGAGGCCCUUGAGGACACAAUAGAUGCGUUCGGAGAUGUCACUCAAGUAGAUACAGAUAUACUGAACAGAACACUAGAUACAGACGUAUCCCGACCACCAUCAGCACCCACAAACUUUGGACUACCUCCAAGCAAAAACAAUUUACUCAAAGAUGAAACGACGAUAAAACCAAAAAAAGCUUACCUUUUCAAAUAUUCAAUGUAUAUCCUAACAAUUUUUCUCAUAAUAAACUAUUUAUUAUUCCCAAAUUGUAAUAUAUGGAAUGGAUUCUGGUUGGGGAUUUGGUUCUUCUGCGUUGUUACUAAUAUGAAGGAUUGGGUGCUGGACAAUUACUUUAGUGAAUGGGAACCUCGGAAAACUGGUUAUUUCCAGUUGAAACGCACCAGUGCAGUGCCGUUUGCGUACACGAUACCUUCGGUUAAAGAACAUAGACCGUUGAAGAAAUAUGAGGGAUGGAUAAAUCAUUACAGGUAUCCGGAUUACGAUCCUUACACGUACCAUAUAAACAAAACAACGACUGCAUUCAUGAAGCUUGAAGGAUGUAAUUUGCGGAUAUCGUACACGAGUGCGAAAAUAGCAAAGAGGGCGCUAUGGGACGAAAAGAUCGAGAAGAUAACGUUCUACCAGCAUAGACUUUACAACCUGACGGGAGCGAGGGUGAUCAUGCUGCCUUAUGGUCUUGUACGGCGAAGGCAAUGGAGCAAAAAGUACCCAAUCUGCGUGAUAUUGAACGAGAAAGAAAAAAUACAAGUGCUAGAGAAAGAGAGUACGGUUGAGAAGAAAAUAGCUGAAUCAAUGGACAAGAAGAGUAAAGACCAAUCACAAGAAAUGGAGAGCCCGGAAAUUAACGCUAGUCCAGAAAAGAAGAAAAAGUUUGUUUGGAGAAGAAGAGAAAAGAGCAUACCUCACAAUGAAACCGACACGGGAAGAGAGGGCUUACGACACAGAAUAGUUAGGAAAAUGCACAGAGAUAAGAAAGCAGACAGCACGACGGCAGUCAGCGACCCCGAAGUUCAAGGCCAAUCGGAUAAAACUACGCUCUUAGAGGAAGUUGAGACCGAAGUGGAAAUCACACCCAAACCAACCUUGAGCACCAAGGAAGAUGAAGAAGAGUUGGAUGAGAGCGAACUCACGAGGAUAAAGGAGUUUUUGGAAGACACUGAAUACGACCCCAAUAAUGAAGGCAGCGCAGAAGGCGAAUGGAGUAUACACGUAAAGAACUCAAAGGACAAACAUUCGCGGCUAUAUCUCUUUGCGCGUACUGGCAGGGACAAGCACGAAUGGUAUCGCCGUCUAGUCAUAGCUGUAUCAGAAGCGAACGCAUCACAGGACAAUUCGAGCUCUGAAGAUAAGUCUGGAAGCGACACAGUACAGGAAACUAAAGAUGGCGUCGAGAUGUCCGUCUACAAAAUAACAGAAAAGGACACAGUUGCUUUUGCUAAAAAUAAAACGAAUGAUUCGAUAACGGAAGGGGUCACGAUCACGUCGCCGGUGCAUCCAGUGCCCACGAGUGUCGACUCAUAUGAGAAAUCAUUUUGGCCAUAUUUGCAGAAAAUCAUUCAGCCACAGAAUCCAUCCCCGGACUGCGAAUGUCGGAUGCUACCCGCGGAGGCGACGUGGGUGAACACGGUGCUGGCGCGACUCAUGUACGACGUUAUGCGGGAUCCGCAGAUGAUCGCCCGCGUACAGAAUAAGAUACAGAGAAAACUUAAUACACUGAAGUUGCCAUCGUUCAUGUCGCCGUUAAUAAUAACGGAGCUACGGCUGGCGGGUGCUUGCCCACUGCUGGGCGGUGUCGGUGCGCCCACGUGCGACUCCCGUGGGCUUUGGUUGCACGCGAACCUACGAUACGACGGUGGCGCCACCAUCACCAUACUCACGCAGAUCAAUCUCAUGAAACUGAAAGAGAAGAAUGUCGCACUGGAAGAUCAGUUGAUGGAAACGAACGAAACUAUAAUCGAAAGUGAAAUUCAGUUGGACACAAGAAAAUCGUGCGUUUCGCCGGAUCUAAAAAAAAGAAAACCUGCCAUCUUUGACUCUGAUGCGGAAGACUCUGCGGAGUCGAGCAGCGACGAUGAAAGCCCACCUGUGCAGCCAGUUGAUAGCACUGAGAAUAUGCCCGUCACAGAACCUACUGUAGCAACACCCGAAGGCGGUUCAUCGAAGAAGAAAUUCCUUCGUAUGGUGGACAAGAUCGCCACAAACAAAUAUUUCCAACAGGUGACUGACUAUAAGUACGUGAAACGUGCGAUGGAAGGUCUGUCGAAUACGGAUAUAAAGUUGCAGCUCGAAGUGAACGGAUUGGAGGGAAGAUUAGCAAUUAACUUGCCGCCCCCACCGCACGAUCGACUGUGGAUUGGCUUCUCAACAAACCCUCAGCUAGUUCUCAAAGCACGGCCCGCUGUAGGUGCUAGGGCGCUGAGGUUUGCACACAUCUCCAACUGGAUCGAACAGAAACUCACUAAGGAGUUCGAGAAGGUUCUCGUCUUACCCAACAUGGAAGACAUAAUUAUCGACGUUUUAACGCCUACGCCCGUUGACUUUGAAUAAAAUAGGUAAUCAAACUCUGCCAAUAUAAUUCCUUUAACCAAACAGCCAAAAUUCGCGUUUGAACCAUUGAACUGGGUUUUAUGUAAACGAUUUAACAGUGUGUUUCGUUAUUUUUAAAAGAAAUUCUGUAUUUAUGUGAUCAACGAACGAUUUUAAUGAUUUUUAAUCUUUGAUAUUACAUAGUUAAGGAUUAUGGCCUACUCUGACUUGCGCUGCAAUGCCCGAGCAAAGUUCGUCAUUUAAAAUUCGACUUUAAGUCAUGUGUUAUCGAUACACUUUGCAAAAGCAAGGUUUUAUACCAAGUUCCCUUAUAACGUGUCAAUGAUAAAUUAACCUAAUGUUAACGACUUAAAGUCUACAUUUGAAUGACGGGUUGCGGCGCUUGUUAAUGUUGAUCUUUAUUAAUGAGAGUAUUUUUUUUUUUUUGUAAAUUGUCAAUAUUAUGAUUCCUAAUUUUUUCAGUCAUACUAUAUUAAAUAGGUUUUAGAAGCAGCGAAGUGUUGCAUUUAUUUGAUACUACAACUAGUUUAAGAGUUACUUAUAUUCUUAUAAAAAUUUUCGACUGAAAAAAUUAAAUAGUAAUAAACUUUGUAAUGCGGUUGUAUAGUUAUCCAAUGUUUUGUCUCCAUCAUCCAAAUGACAAAUUACUGAUGAGAAAAAGAGAGAAAUCAUUGUAAAACUUCACCACCAAUAUAACUUUUAUUAGUAAGACCGCAAUAGUUUAUUCUUUUUUGCCUGUCUAGAAAAUGUGAAUAAUUUUUUCGAUAAUUUUUCGUGUAGUGAUUAUACAAUAGAUUUUUUUGUUGUAUGAAUUUUAUUUUCAAAACAUAUUUUCAAAUGAAAAGUAAUGAAAAUAUUAUUUACAUUUUAAGAUGUGUCAGAGAAACUAAACUUAAUAUGAAUUGCUACGGUAUAAAACAUGUAUUAUCUAUAAAUCCGGUGUAUACAGAUGGUUGAAAAAUGAUGGACAUUCCAUCGAUCUUUUGUUACCUACAAGCAAUAUCUACACAUUGGAUGAGUUAAGUUCAUGACAACGCAUGGCUUUGCAACGGCAAACAACUUUGUUGAAAUUUUAGCUUUAAAUCUAGAGCUAUAUGAUACAUUUUACGAUAACGAGAUAAACCAAAAGUUUAUGCAAUUGUGCUGCUUCUGAAAUGAAUAUGUCGUUGCUAAGCUGGGUGUUAUAUUGAGCGACGAGCAGUAAUUCGAAUAGGUAGUGCAAAUUGUGAUUAAUAAUGACAAACAUUACAUAUAUUGACAUGCAUAAGACAUGUGCCAGUUAAAAUCCAUACUUCUACACUAAUAUUAUAAAUGCGCAAAUUUGUUUGUUUGUUGUUUUUGUAGCCAUGUUUGCAACUGUUGAACCGAUCUAGAUGAAGUUUGGCAUACAUGUAGCUAACAUGCUUGAUAUGACAUAAUUUUUCCUCGGCAAAACUGCUGGUAAUACACGUGUAAUUUAAAAAAUAGCAUUUGUUACUUAUGCAUGGCUUUUCCGCUUAACUUAUCGUCGUGCAUAAAAAUAGUUUGCAUCCAGGAGAUGGCCACAGCA